AAUCACUUCAUUGACUCGUUUCUUUUACAUCUUUAAGAAAUUCCUCUCUCUUCCUGACCUCUUUCAUAAUUUUAUACUCCACUACUAGGAAAAAAAAAAUCUCACCAAACUUAUUUUAUUAUACAAUUUACUUUUUUUAUUAUUAUUAUUAUUAUUAUUAUUAUUAUUAUUAUCAUAAUUAUUAUUCUCUUUUAUAUAUACAUAUAUAGAUAUAUAUAUAUAAAGAAAAGAAAUGUCAACUAAUUCUACUACUGCAGCUUCACUUACAGACCAUUUAGCAAAACAAUUUAUAGUAGACGAUCAAGAAGAAGUAGAAGAACAAGGAGAAUUAAACUCACCCAUUCCCGAUUCCAUUUGUGAACCGUUUGGAGGCAUCGCACAUGAUUUCCGAGAGGACACUAUUUUUGUUCUAGAUAUUGGUGCAGACAAUAAACAACCAGGUACAUUAAGAGGAGAACAAUGUCCUUUACAAGACAUUACAAAUAAUAGCUAUGAUUAUCUUUAUUCUCAGUAUCCUCAUUGGCGUCGUUUACUCUCUGAUGAAUAUAUGCGUAAUAUGAAAUUCGAUGGUGAGGACGAUAGGAGUCCAUCGUCAGAAGGAAUAACGACUCCUCUUGUUUUAUUACAUCUUGAUGAUCAUGCUUGGGCAUCCGUGGUUCAUUAUCUUACGGCUUCUAAACUCAUUUUACAACAACCUGACAUUUACUCUAAAUUGUUUUUAGACUCGGGUCAUUCCCUUAGUCAACAAUCAGCGAGUUACAUAAAAGCAUUAAGUCAAAGAAUUCAAUUAUCGGAGGAUGCAAGAAGGGAUUGGGUCGACAAUAGAAAGGUAGCAGCCUGGAGACGUGCUCUUCUUGCUAAAUUUGCUCAAAAUGAAGACCUCCAAAGAGCGUUGAUUUUAACAGGUUGGGCAAAACUAGUUGAUAAAUAUGGUAAACCCCAUUAUCUAUUAAUGUGGGUUAGAACUGUUUUAAGAGGUGAAUAUCAACAACAAAUACAGCAACAACAGCAAACAAUGAUAAAAGAUAUGGCAAUGAAAAUAAAAGAAGAUAAGAAUAUAGAGGAUGUAAAUACUUCGAGUAUUUGAAGAAUUAUUUGGAAAAGAUAAACAACAGAUAUUAACUACCAUUUUAAGUGCAUUAAGUAAUAGUAGUAGUAGUAGUAGUAGUA